AUGGCAUUAGUUGAAAAAUAUAAAGGUCUUUCAGAACAAUCCCUGUAUUCAUCAAAUAGGGGUGGUUUCAAGGCAACAGUGCUUGGUGAUGAUGAUGAUGAUGAUAUAUUUGUAUACAAUGCUAUGUCAGUGGAUGAUCAAGCGUUAAAACAAAUGUUAAUUAGUAUAUAUUCAUAUUGGAAUAUGUUGAUCAAACGCUUUACAGAGUACGUGACAUUAUCUAUACGUGCAAGAUGUGUGUUUAGUGUAUGUGAUAAUAUCAAACAACGUUUACGCGAAAUUUCUGCUAAAGAAUCUGAUUUGAUUGAUGCACAUCUUUGUGAUGACUAUUCCAUACGAAAACAAAGGGAAUAUUUACAAAAAACAAAAGAAAGAUUAGAGAAGGCUUUCGGUAUACUUUGCCAUGAUGAAGAAAUACUCACUAAUGAUAAAUAUAUAUUUAAUGAUUUUACACCAACAGACCACGAUGCCACAAACACGUUAGAUGCACUUUUAUCGACACUCAAGAUAGCUCGCGAUAAAAAUAACCAAAACGAUCAAAAGGAACAACCAUCAAACGCAGAUGAAAGACCAACAGCUUCAGCUAACAUGUCAUUUGGCACCAACUUCGGUACACCUACAACAACUGUAUUAGCAUCGACAGCGGGAUUCCCAUUCGGCAUGACAACUACAUCAACGACUAGUUUAUUUGGUACUACAACAGUAUCAGCAAGCGGCUUUCCGUUUCAAAUGCCAAUAACAUCAACCGCCUCGCCCUUUACGUUUGGUUCGACACCAACAAGAACACGUAUUAAAAAAAAUAAACAAUAG